CUUUCGGGUUUACCUGUCGGGACUCUCACAGGUAAACAAGCUGUGACAGCGUCUCUGCGCUCCAGGGGUGCGGGGUCCCUGCCGCCUCCGCAGCCAUGGCCGAAUCCCAGCUCAUGUGCAUGGAAGACGGCCACAUCCACGCCAAGAUCCCGGAGUCCAAACCGGAGUUUUACUACAGCGAAGAGCAACGCGCCGCAAUCGAGGAGCUCCUGCGCAAGGGGGACGGCGCCUUCAAAAUGCGCCUGGAGGAGGACAAGGUGAAAGACUUCUUAUCCGCCCGAGAGGUGAAAUGGAUCCGGAGCGUUUUCAAAGAGUACGAGGCGCUUCAAGAAGAGAAGGAGAGCCGGGCGCCGCCGUCCAAGUCGGUGGAACGGACCGGCACGGACGCAGACUCCGGGGUUCAUUCCACCUACUGGCCGGAGAUGUCGGACACCGAGGUGCCGCCGCUGGACAUCGGCUGGCCCAGCGGGAUGUUGUUCAGAGGGGUGACCCGGGUGACCAUGCACACGCACCCGCCCAAAGACAACGGGCCCCACAUCAAGGAGGUGGUGCGCCGGCUCAUCCAGGAGGCCAGCAAGGUGAUCGCCAUAGUGAUGGACAUGCUCACAGAUCUGCACAUCCUCCAGGACCUGAUGGACGCGGCCUGGCGUCGCGCCGUGCCCGUCUACAUCUUGCUGGAUGACCAAGCCGUGCCGCACUUCCUGGAUAUGUGCCACAGGCUGAAAAUCGCCGAGCAGCACCUUCGGAACAUCCGCACCAGAACCCUGCGUGGAACCGGCUUUGCCCUGUCCUUCGGCAGACUGCCCGGCUCGCUCUGUAAUAAAUACAUGCUGGUAGAUGGGGAAAAAGUCAUGUUUGGCUCCUAUAGUUUCUCCUGGUGCACGUCUCGUAUGGACCGAAACAUGAUCACGGUGAUGACGGGCCAGGUGGUUGAGUUCUUUGAUCGAGACUUCCGGGAGCUUUACGCCAUCUCCGACAAAUUAGACCUCUACAAAGAGUUCAACAUCGGCCGGCCCGCCAACAGGACUGCCACCUUUACGCGCGCUAAAGUGGAUCGCCCUCCUUUACCAGCCACCACAUCCCGGUUCCAGGUCAGCUUAGGCGACUCGCGGAAGGGUGACAUCAAAGUGCCUGCACACAAAUACUACAACCCCAAAUACUUCUUGGUGUUUGAGGACCGGCCGCGUCCACCUGGGUCCCUACAAGAGUCAGGAAUCAGGAAGGCGUCGGUCCUGGCUGAGAUUCAAGAGGACAUGGACGCAGGGAGGCCCAGAGCAGCCAGCAGUGAGAAGAUGGACAGGCUGAAUCCACUGCCUUCAGAAGACAUGCAAGAAAGCCUCAAGAAGCCCUUUGGGGUUUCUCUGAGCAAGAAACCACGGUUCACGUUCAAGUCGAAACUCUUCAAGGGGAAGUCGCCCAGUAAGCUUUCAGUCAAUAGCACGGAAAGCAGCCGGUGCCCGUCCCCUGCGGAAACCAGCAAGGCCGAUGAGGGCGAGGACAGCCUGGAGGUGUUUGUGAAAUCUCCAUCCAGGCGUAAGACUAAGAAGUUCUCUAAGUUUGGCUCAAAGAGUGAAUCUGUGCUGACGGGACAGGACAAUGAGAGCCUAAAGUCUGGACAGGAGUCAAAACCAUCUUGCAUUUUGUCCUGAUCCAAGGUGCCGCGCUAUGAAGUCCAACCAGUCUUUUACCGCAGAGUGUCAUUACACAUUCUUAAGACUUCCAUAAUUACUUCCUUAAAACUCAUGACACCUCGGGUUGUGCAGUGUUGUGGAUACUUCAUCACGCCGUACUGAAUGUAUGUCAGGUGUGUUUUUGGUUUAUAACAAAGUUCUUAACAAAAUCAGUGCCUUACACAAAGUAGGUGCCUCCUGACCAAGCGAAUGUGUCUUCCUGCUGUUGUAAAAUGUCCUCUUUUAUGUGUUUGAUGCCAAAGUCCAGUGCCACUACUAACAAUGGGUGAACUUCUUUAACACCUCCACCUCCACCAGCUGCUAAGAAGAACAAACAUCUUGACUUUUCACAGUUACCUCUUGCUGCCAUUUGAAGCUGCCAGCGUGUAAAGCCUCUCUUUGUGUAGACUUCAACUCGUAAAUCAUUCUUAGAGGGCCGCCACACCAGCACUUGAGGUUAUGUGUCUAAUUCACCCCAAUUCAAACCCCUUCAAGUUACAGAGGUAUUUGUUUCCACCAAGCGAGUAAUUUCAUCUCAUGUAUGUGCCAAAUGAAGCACUGUUCUAUUGCACUACUUCAUACC